AUGGAUGCUGAAUCCGUGACAAGUUAUCUGCAGCUGUUGGAUGAGCAAUGGACCCGAUUCAGCGCAGCUCAAGAUGCAGUGGAAAAUUCCUGUGGAGCCGACAACGUGGAUUUGGAGGAUAAUGUACGAAUUCAAGCCGAAACAUGGUACUCUACUGCUUUUGCGAAUUUUAACCGGGUACAAAAGUGUUGUACACAACCUCCAAAUCAGCCUGCAACCACACAAACAACCAUAACUGCCUUAAUACGUUUACCGAAGAUGGGGCUACCAUCAGUUUCGGGCGAUUCCACCGAGUGGGUAGGUUUUUAUGACGUGUUCUGCUCGCUGGUUGACACAAGCUCCGCAUUGUCAGACGGCAAGAAAUUGCAUUACUUACGCAGCUGUUUAAAGAGCUAUGCAUUACCGAUCAUUAGCGGCUUCAAGAUCAGCGACGCUAACUACAAGGAGGCAUGA